AUGAACAGCUUGGUGGCUACACCACCUGUGCCUCCUCAUUUUUACGAGUACUCUCGUCUCUCUUCUCCUCGUCCAAUGUCUACUCCAACCUACACCCCUAACAGCCGCAAACGGAAAGCCGACGACGAUGGCAACGAUCAUGAUGGACGAAUGUCAGCCUCUCCGACCAGCUCCCCCGCCUUCACCCCGAGAUCUCUUCCCGCAGGCAGGAAUUUAAAACGUUCUCGCCCAAAUAUCAGCGGAAGACCUCUCUCCCUCCCUCGGUUGUUGGAGACCUUGGACACGGAUGCCCUCCGGGGCGUCCUCCGGUCGAUGUGCGAACGUCAUCCAGGACUGGUCGAUGAGGUCGUUCAUACGGCCCCUCGUCCCAGCGUGUCGGCUGCUCUCCAGGUGCUCCGCAACUAUCAGUCCACUCUCCAGUCGGCCUUCCCCUUGGGUGGGAACCCCGAAUCCGACUAUGCGUACAACCGAGUUCGACAGCCCCUCGGCAACCUUUUGGAUGCCCUGAGCGAUUUCACGCCCCAUUUUCUUCCUCCCAAUGAAACCCAGGCUUCGACUUCUUUGAGCUACUUAGACGAGGCCACCGACAUCAUUCACGCCUUACCACGAUGGAAUACGCCCCAGAACAACAUAGAGCGGGACUCUGCGUACGACGAAAUUUGCAAGGCCUGGAUUUUGGUGAUCCGAGAGGCAGCCAAACGUGGUGGGGGGAUACAAUUACAGUACGGUGGCUGGGAUCAGAAGCUAGCAAAACACAACCACAGCUGCGGUGGAAAGCUGCAGGCAGCCGUUAACGAGUUAGGAUCCAGUUUAGGGUGGAUGCACGGCCCAGACUCCCAGAACUUGGGGGGCCCAGGGGGCACUGAGUUUGGAUCUAUCCGGGAUCAACUUCUCUCAGGCACCUAUGGCUUGGGAACUCCCGUCAAAGUUGGGCCAUGGUAA